UUCUGUACAAUGAUAUUAUCGUAUGAUUAAUUAUUCAUACGAAUGGUAAAGGAAAGUUGAAAUCGGAUUAAUUAUAGUUUAAAAAAUCUAUUCACUUAUACUCUUUUCAUUCUGUGACGUUAUAUACUAAGCGGUCCCCACUUUUUACCAUUAAUGGAGAUGUUUUUAUAUAGUUCCUGACGUGAAUGUCCAAAUACCUUUUUUUAAUUAAGACUUACAUAUCUGACAGGUAUUGCAUAAAAUUUGCUGAAUUCUUGUACUUUACAUUAGUAAAUAUAUCUUUAUAUGGCAAUUACAUACAUAUCGCAAUUAUGUAUCAUAAUUUAUAUUGUAUUGUCCACGGUGACAGUAAAAAGUUGUAACAAGCAAGCAGAUGUAAUCUGCAUUAAUGCCUUUGAGCCUAAGGACACACUCAGUAGCCGAAAUGGAGGAAUACUCUGGGGCAUCAGACUUGUCCGUAGUGGACGUCUAUGAUAUUGCCUCAGAGAUAGGCAAAGAAUGUGAGAAAUUAAUAGAUCACUUUGGAGCUGACUCUGUUACUAGUUUGAUGCCCAAAGUGAUCAAUGCUCUUGAGUUACUAGAGAGCCUUGCAACAAAGAAUGAACGAGAAAAUACAAUUGUUCAAGAACUGAAAGCAAAGAUAUCACAGUUGGAAAAUGACAAAAUUGGCAAAGCUGAGGACAGAGAAAGAUUUGAGAAGGAACUGGAACAGAUCGAGGAACACUGGAGGCAAGAAUCUCGUGAUCUAGUUGGUAUGGUAACCCGAUUACAGGAAGAAAAUCGUCGGUUGGCUACAGCUUUACAAGAAUCGCGUAGUGACAGUCAGGACAGCGGUAAACAAACUUAUACAGCAAGUCAGGAAGUGGACGUUGCUGUACUGCAACGUUUAAGAACCAUGAUAGAUAAACAGCGAGAUCAAAUACGUGCUAGAGAUAGAGAUAUCUCACAAAAAAAUUCAGAAAUUGAAAAUUUGACUGCUCAAGUGGAGAAGCUUGGAGUCGUCGGUCGCGAAUUAAAAAGAAAGCAGCGUCAAGCUCAAAUGCAAGCACGUGGCUUGGUUGAAGAACGUGCCGACUUUUUGGCUCAGUUACAGGAUCAAAAUCGAGAACUAAUUAAUCUACGGGCACGACUAGGUCUUGCCAAGAAAGAAAACGAAGAUCUAACUAAGUGCACUGUCUAUCCUGACUUGGCGAAUAAAGCCGUCUAUGACCUGGAUGAUCCUGACAGACCCAGAUUUACGACUGCUGAGCUGAAGGAAAUUCUACAUGAGAGAAAUGAACUGAAAGCUAGAGUAUCCGACCUGGAGGAUGAGCUCGAGCUGUAUCGUCCUAAACCUGAAACUGGGAUCCCCGCAUUGUCGCUUUAUACAGUACAGAAUAACGUCACCAACUCCACAUCCCCAGAGACUAACGUUAAUCAACCCGAGGACGAAAAAGAUGCACCAGUCCAGGGCCCACUUCCCUACGAACCCGACGAUGCGCCCUGGAAGAAAACGUCUGAAUCUGGUAUUCGCAAAUUCUUCCGAAAAAUAUUCUCGGAGACUAGUGGCAGCUUCCUGGGUGGUAGCAGUCCUCGACGAAGUCUUUCCAGUCUUUCGAAGAUGGCGCUCUCUGGUAAUGGUGCGAGCGACACGUCUAUAUAAACUGAUCUUGUUUAUCAGGAUCCGUCACGCGGCUUUUUCAAACGGUUACACGAUUUUUCUCGAUCCAAAGCUAUCGGUAUCACAAAGCUUAUUUUCUUUUCGAUAUUCUUUAACCGUUAAACUUUCUUCUGCGUUCCUUUUACCUUCUAUCCUUUUUUUAUACGAAGCAUAGGAUAUACCGGAUAUAUAUUAAGUUCUUAGUUACCAAUCGUACUAGACAUAGAAUGUCGUGAUACUACAGUUUUCUCUCCCUAUAGUAUAUUUAAAUAACUUAUACAUCAUUUAUCAAAUUCACAACUCAUUUCUAAGGAUAAAAUUCUUAUAUCACAUUCGCAAGCUCAUCCAUAGCUGGAUCAGUAUUUUACAAAAGAGACGAGACAUUGUCUAUGUUUUUUAAAUUCCUUUUUAUUCUUUUUAGUAAUGUUUUCUUACUUCUCAUACUAAUUACUUGUUAAGGUAAUGCUAAUAUUUAGCAUCAAACAUGUUACACAAGAUAAUAGUUCACGUAACAUUCCAAAGAAACGUAAGAUGGAUGCAAUUACUAGGUCCAUGAGGUAUGAAGAUUUUUUUUUAUUUUCUUCAAGCGAAUCACAACAAUAGUGUAAAAUAUCCUGAAGUCGGCAAAAGAUGAAGGAUGAAAAAAAUUUCUUAAACCACUUUCCUACAAUCUUUUACUUCGCAAGGAGAAAUCUUACCCGUUGCAUAUCUAUACAUUCUCGUUUAUAUGCGUUCUCAAAGGAAAUGUCAUGAGAGAAUAACGAAAUGAAAAAAAAUAUAGUUCGAAAAAUGAGACAAGAAAAUCAUAGAGAUAUAUAGACACUAUACUCAGGACAUUCGACAUAAAUGUCCACGAGGGAAAAAUAAUGUUAGCUCCUCUUCGACCUUUUCCCUUGUAAUUUGUAAAUAUAUCCAGUUAAAAGGAAAUUGCACGUUAUUGUAUAUUAAUCGGUUAUAAAAUGACACGCGUACAGAGGAAAUAAAAACCGUUAUGAGAAUGUUACAAUUAAAUAAAGGAGAGAGCAAAUAUGUAAUCUGUUAGCACGAAUACAUAUGUAUAUGAUGUAACAUUCUCAAUAGUCGAUAGCCUGAUAUUUGUUGCUAUAAUGGCAAAUAAGCGUUCGCACUAAAUUAUUAACAUUUCCAUUCGUGUCAAAGGAUAAAAGAGUUUUUAUUUUUACCCUAAAUUAGCAACACAUGAUUUGAGGUAAAAGUAAAUUGUCAUAUGAGUGAACGUAUUUCAUGUUAUCGUCUAGAAAAGCGAAGGAUUAUAUAAAGGCAAAGAGAAAGCAGUCAUUAGAUUUUCACCAAUGGAACAAUUAUUCAAUUUUGCAUAGUCAGCAUAAAUUUUUAUUACAUUCAAUGUAUUUUAUUGUUUCAAAUCAGUGCUGUUGCAUUAAGACAUUCUAUAAUGACAUUAGAAAUGGAAAUAGAAAAAAAAUAAUGUUUUCAUUUUGCACUAUGAGUUUUAUAAGACAGCAUUGAUCUAAAUAAGUAUUCGAUGACAAUGAUCCCCUCACAGUCACUGUGCCAUUCUAUAAUGUUAGAAGUAUUUCUGUGCUUUGCGCGUUUCUGUACGUUUUUUCUCCUUUUUGUCGCUACUAGUUCUGCGUUUAAGAUAUUCUUACUUUGGCAAAACCGUUGGCAAUUAGUUCAGCAUAUGCAGGAUGUCCCAUUUUAACUUAAACAGUGCAAUAUCUCGAAAACAAGGAGUUUUCAGAAAAAAUGUUUGAGACAAAAGAUGUCGGGCUCGAAGAGGGCCAAUCUAGUGAGAUACCUGAAUUUUUGGCCUGGGGUCUGUGUUUGGCCCAAGUCUAUUUUUUCCAAUGAGAACCCCUGUUUUUUAUUGAAGAUUCGUAUUGUAUAAAAAAAAAUAAGUUUUGUUCUUUCUUACUCUCACUUAAUCCGUUAAUCUUUCCUAGAGUGGCCAAAUUUUUGAAUCGAUCUUGUCCCAACCGGCCAAAAUUGUGCGUUGAUCCUGCUUUUAUUGGCCGGAUCGAUGAUUGGUCUUGCCUUGAUUGGUUGAAUGGAUCAUUGGUCUUGCCUUGAUUGGCCGAGUGGAUUAUUGAUCUUGCCUUCAUUGGCAGGAUUAACACUCUGUAGCUUCAAUUUAGUCAGAUUAUGAAAUUGUAAGUCCAUAUUACUAUUAUUACUAACAAAAAACCGAAACUUGUAACGUAUCUCAAAGCACUUCGAGGGCCUUUUUACGUUUGUUGCAGAGGGUUUAUCAAAAAAUGAUCAAGAACAAAACUUAUUUAUUUUUUUUUCAUACAACACGAAUCUGCAAUCAAAAUAGGGGGUUUCAUUUAAAAAAUGAAUUGGGCCUCAUAAGGCCCAAAACAGGUCCCAGGCCAAAAAUUCAGGUAUCUUACUAGAUGGCCCUCUUCGAACCCGACAAUUUUGUUUUAAACAUUUUUUCCAAAAACUCCUUGUUUUCGAGAUAUUGUAGUGUCUAAGUUAAAAUGGGACACCCUAUAUAGUAGGAAUUCGUACAUUUUUUGUCUAUUAAUUGCGCAAACAAGUCCAAGCAUACGUCCAUUUUACUCAGUCUGUUUCUGAUAGCAGUAAACAAAUUGUUUUGCGAUUUCGGUUUCCAUGUUCUUAUUUAAUUGAAAUUCUAAUUGCGGUUAUCGAUGCUUUUUCUAGAAACCAGUCAAACUUAUGGUAAACGUAAAUUGAUUGUAUUAUAGUGUGCCAAAAAGUCUAUUAUAAUAUCGAAAUGAUAAAAUAAAAGAAAAAUAUACAUAUUGUAAAAUUAA